GCGGCGUGAUGGCGGCGGUCGGCAGGACUUGAGCGGCGGCGGCAGCGGAGCGGCGCAGCGCAGCGCCCACCCUGCUUAUCUUAUCUCCGCGCCCCUCCCUGCCCGCUUCGGGGUCCAUUGUUCGGUGCCGCCGAGGGCGGCGGGAGAGCGUUCCGCGUGGGGUUGCCGGGAGCCGGCGGCAGUGAGCGGCGGCCCAGGCCCCGCCGCGGCCGCAGGAGCAGCUCCCGACCGCGAGCUGCGGCACGAAGCGCCCCGCGCGGCGCACGCAGGCUCGGGCCGGGGAAGGCCUGUCCCGCAGAAGCAGAGUCACGCAGGUAUUUGGGCAAAAAUCUUAGCCAAGAGAAUAGCAAGACACAUUACUUCAAAAAUAUACGGAGUACCAGAAAGGGGAUUCUUGACAUACACCUUGUAACCUGAGUGGACUUCCUUUUUAACUUCUUAAUACUUACAAUGAAUGGGCACAGUGAUGAAGAAAGUGCAAGAAACAGCAGUGGAGAGUCAAGCAGAUCAGAUGAUGAUUCUGGGUCAGCUUCAGGUUCUGGAUCUGGUUCAAGCUCUGGAAGCAGUAGCGAUGGAAGUAGCAGCCAGUCAGGUAGCAGUGACUCUGAAUCUGGUUCAGAGUCAGGCAGUCAAUCCGAAUCGGAAUCUGACACGUCUAGAGAAAAGAAGCAAGUUCAAGCUAAACCUCCAAAAGCUGACGGAGCUGAGUUUUGGAAGUCCAGUCCAAGUAUACUUGCUGUACAGAGAUCAGCAGUGCUCAAGAAGCAACAGCAACAGCAAAAGGCAGCAUCUUCAGACAGUGGUUCGGAAGAGGACUCAUCCAGUAGUGAAGAUUCUGCCGAUGAUUCAUCCAGUGAAACCAAGAAGAAAAAGCAUAAAGAUGAAGACUGGCAAAUGUCAGGGUCAGGGUCAGUGUCGGGAACAGGUUCUGAUUCUGAAUCGGAGGAAGAUGGGGAUAAAAGCAGUUGUGAAGAAAGUGAAUCUGACUAUGAGCCAAAAAACAAAGUCAAAAGCCGUAAACCUCCAAGCAGAAUUAAGCCAAAAAGUGGGAAAAAGAGCACAGGACAGAAGAAGAGGCAACUUGAUUCAUCAGAGGAGGAUGAUGAUGAUGAAGAUUAUGAUAAGAGAGGAUCUCGUCGCCAGGCUACAGUAAAUGUUAGUUACAAAGAAGCUGAAGAAACCAAGACAGAUUCUGAUGAUUUGCUGGAAGUUUGCGGAGAAGAUGUCCCACAGACUGAAGAAGAUGAAUUUGAAACUAUAGAGAAGUUCAUGGACAGUCGAGUGGGCCGAAAAGGAGCCACUGGUGCCUCAACCACCAUCUAUGCCGUUGAGGCAGAUGGUGACCCAAAUGCUGGGUUUGAAAAGUCAAAGGAGCCUGGAGAAAUACAAUAUCUUAUUAAAUGGAAAGGCUGGUCACACAUCCAUAACACUUGGGAAACUGAAGAAACACUGAAGCAACAAAAUGUUAAAGGAAUGAAGAAACUGGACAACUACAAGAAAAAGGAUCAGGAGACAAAAAGAUGGCUGAAAAAUGCUUCUCCAGAAGAUGUAGAAUAUUAUAACUGCCAGCAAGAGCUUACAGAUGAUCUGCAUAAACAAUAUCAAAUCGUGGAAAGAAUAAUUGCUCAUUCAAAUCAGAAGUCAGCAGCUGGUUAUCCAGACUACUAUUGCAAAUGGCAAGGUCUACCUUAUUCAGAAUGUAGCUGGGAAGAUGGUGCUCUCAUUGCCAAAAAGUUUCAGGCACGCAUUGAUGAGUAUUUUAGCAGAAAUCAAUCUAAGACCACUCCCUUUAAGGACUGCAAGGUUCUAAAACAGAGACCAAGAUUUGUUGCACUGAAGAAGCAACCAUCUUACAUUGGAGGACAUGAAGGUUUGGAGUUAAGAGAUUAUCAGUUAAAUGGAUUGAACUGGCUUGCUCAUUCGUGGUGCAAAGGGAAUAGUUGUAUUCUUGCAGAUGAAAUGGGUCUGGGUAAAACAAUACAAACAAUUUCUUUUCUGAACUACCUGUUUCAUGAACAUCAAUUGUAUGGGCCUUUUCUGCUGGUCGUGCCACUUUCUACCUUGACAUCUUGGCAAAGAGAGAUUCAAACUUGGGCUCCUCAGAUGAAUGCUGUAGUUUACUUAGGGGAUAUAACUAGUAGAAAUAUGAUAAGGACUCAUGAAUGGAUGCAUCCACAGACUAAACGAUUGAAGUUUAACAUACUUCUGACAACAUAUGAAAUUUUACUGAAGGAUAAGUCAUUCCUUGGUGGUCUCAAUUGGGCAUUCAUAGGAGUUGAUGAAGCUCAUCGUUUAAAAAAUGACGACUCUCUUCUGUACAAGACUUUAAUAGACUUUAAGUCCAACCAUCGACUUCUUAUUACUGGAACCCCUUUGCAAAACUCCCUCAAAGAGCUGUGGUCUUUGUUGCAUUUCAUCAUGCCAGAAAAAUUUUCCUCCUGGGAAGAUUUUGAAGAGGAGCAUGGCAAAGGAAGAGAGUAUGGUUAUGCAAGUCUUCACAAAGAGCUUGAACCAUUUUUACUAAGAAGAGUUAAAAAAGAUGUAGAAAAGUCUUUACCUGCUAAGGUUGAGCAAAUUCUGAGGAUGGAAAUGAGUGCAUUGCAGAAGCAAUAUUACAAGUGGAUUUUAACAAGAAAUUAUAAAGCCCUCAGUAAAGGUUCAAAAGGCAGUACCUCAGGCUUUCUGAACAUUAUGAUGGAACUUAAGAAGUGUUGUAACCAUUGCUACCUCAUUAAACCACCAGAUGAUAAUGAAUUCUAUAAUAAACAGGAGGCCUUACAGCAUUUGAUACGUAGCAGCGGGAAACUGAUCCUUCUUGACAAGUUACUGAUUCGUCUGCGAGAACGUGGCAACAGAGUUCUGAUUUUCUCUCAGAUGGUGAGGAUGCUGGACAUCCUAGCAGAAUAUCUAAAGUAUCGCCAGUUUCCCUUCCAGAGACUUGAUGGAUCAAUAAAAGGGGAACUGAGGAAACAAGCACUGGAUCAUUUCAAUGCAGAAGGAUCAGAGGAUUUCUGUUUUUUACUGUCUACCAGAGCUGGAGGAUUAGGUAUUAACUUGGCAUCUGCUGACACUGUAGUUAUAUUUGACUCUGACUGGAAUCCACAGAACGAUCUGCAGGCACAGGCGAGAGCUCAUAGAAUUGGACAGAAGAAACAGGUUAAUAUUUAUCGGCUAGUCACGAAAGGAUCAGUAGAAGAAGAUAUUCUUGAAAGAGCCAAGAAAAAGAUGGUGCUAGACCAUUUAGUAAUUCAGAGAAUGGACACAACAGGAAAAACUGUUCUGCAUACAGGUUCUACUCCAUCAAGCUCUACACCUUUUAAUAAGGAAGAGUUAUCAGCAAUUUUGAAAUUUGGUGCAGAGGAACUUUUUAAAGAACCUGAAGGAGAAGAACAGGAGCCCCAGGAAAUGGAUAUAGAUGAAAUCUUGAAGAGAGCUGAAACACGGGAAAAUGAGCCAGGUCCAUUGACUGUAGGGGAUGAGUUGCUUUCACAGUUCAAGGUGGCGAACUUUUCCAAUAUGGAUGAAGAUGAUAUUGAGUUGGAACCAGAAAGAAAUUCAAGAAACUGGGAAGAAAUCAUCCCGGAGUCCCAGAGAAGAAGGAUAGAGGAAGAGGAAAGACAAAAAGAACUUGAAGAAAUAUACAUGCUCCCAAGGAUGAGAAACUGUGCAAAACAGAUCAGCUUUAAUGGAAGUGAAGGAAGACGUAGUAGGAGCAGAAGAUAUUCCGGAUCUGAUAGUGACUCCAUCACAGAAAGAAAACGGCCAAAAAAGCGUGGGAGACCUCGAACUAUUCCUCGAGAAAAUAUUAAAGGAUUUAGCGAUGCAGAGAUCAGGAGAUUUAUCAAGAGUUACAAGAAAUUUGGUGGCCCUCUGGAAAGGUUAGAUGCUGUAGCUAGAGAUGCUGAACUAGUUGAUAAAUCUGAGACAGACCUGAGACGUUUAGGUGAGCUUGUACAUAACGGAUGCAUUAAGGCUUUAAAGGACAAUUCAUCUGGACAAGAAAGAGCAGGAGGUAGACUUGGAAAGGUUAAAGGCCCAACAUUUCGAAUUUCAGGAGUGCAGGUGAAUGCAAAACUAGUCAUCUCUCACGAAGAAGAGCUGGCACCACUGCACAAAUCCAUUCCUUCAGAUCCAGAAGAAAGGAAAAGAUACGUCAUCCCAUGUCACACCAAGGCUGCUCACUUUGAUAUAGAUUGGGGUAAAGAAGAUGAUUCCAAUCUGUUAGUAGGCAUCUAUGAAUAUGGCUAUGGCAGCUGGGAAAUGAUAAAAAUGGAUCCAGAUCUCAGUUUAACACAGAAGAUUUUACCUGAUGAUCCAGACAAGAAACCCCAGGCGAAGCAGCUACAGACCCGUGCAGACUACCUCAUUAAAUUACUGAAUAAAGACCUUGCAAGAAAGGAAGCACAAAGGCUUGCUGGUGCAGGCAAUUCCAAGAGGAGGAAGACAAGAAGUAAGAAGAAUAAGAUGAAGGCUACAAAAAUAAAAGAAGAAGUAAAAAGUGACUCUUCACCACAACUCUCAGAAAAAUCUGAUGAAGAUGAUGAUGAGGAGGAUAACAAGGAUGAGAUUGUUUCAGUGAAACAUCUACAUAAAAAAUUAAAAACAGAGAAAGAAAAUGAAGACAAGCCUGAGCCAGAUAUUGGUAUAAAGAAGGAAGCUGAAGAAAAAAGAGAGACAAAAGAGAAGGAAAAUAAAAGGGAUUUGAAAAGGGAGAAAAAAGAAAAAGAGGAUAAGAAAGAAUUAAAAGAAAAAGAUAAUAAAGAAAAGAGAGAAAACAAAGUUAAAGAAUCCACACAGAAAGAAAAAGAAGUAAAGGAGGAGAAGGUAAAUGAAAUCAAAUCAGAAAAUAAAGAAAAAUCUAAAAAAAUUCCAUUGCUGGAUACUCCAGUUCAUAUUACUGCAACCAGUGAACCAGUUCCUAUCUCGGAGGAAUCUGAAGAACUGGAUCAGAAGACAUUUAGUGUGUGCAAAGAAAGAAUGAGGCCUGUCAAAGCAGCACUGAAACAGCUGGAUAGACCAGAGAAGGGCCUUUCUGAAAGGGAGCAGCUGGAACAUACUAGACAGUGUCUAAUCAAAAUUGGGGAUCAUAUUACAGAAUGCCUGAAGGAGUACACAAAUCCUGAGCAAAUCAAGCAGUGGAGGAAAAAUUUGUGGAUUUUUGUCUCCAAGUUUACAGAAUUUGAUGCCAGAAAGCUGCACAAACUCUACAAACAUGCAAUCAAAAAGCGCCAAGAGUCUCAGCAACACAAUGACCAAAACAUUAGCAGCAAUGUGAAUGCACAUGUAAUCAGAAAUCCAGAUGUGGAAAGACUGAAAGAGACUACAAACCAUGAUGACAGUAGCAGGGAUAGUUAUUCUUCUGAUAGACAUUUAUCACAAUACCACGAUCAUCACAAAGACAGGCAUCAGGGAGAUGCUUACAAGAAAAGUGACUCUAGGAAAAGGCCAUAUUCAGCCUUCAGUAAUGGAAAAGAUCACAGAGACUGGGAUCACUACAAACAGGACAGCAGAUACUACAGUGAUAGUAAACAUAGAAAGUUAGAUGACCACAGGAGCAGAGACCACAGAUCAAACCUGGAAGGAAACCUAAAGGACAGCCGGGGUCAUUCAGAUCACCGCUCCCAUUCAGACCACAGGAUACACUCAGAUCACCGUUCCACUUCAGAAUACAGCCAUCAUAAAUCUUCCAGAGAUUACAGAUACCACUCAGACUGGCAAAUGGACCACAGAGCUUCUGGUAGUGGCCCAAGGUCACCACUAGAUCAGAGGUCUCCUUAUGGUUCAAGAUCUCCCCUAGGACACAGAUCUCCAUUUGAACACUCAACGGAUCACAAAAGUACACCUGAACAUACAUGGAGUAGCCGGAAGACAUAACAAAGACUGACAUUUUCUGGACCUUCUUUUAGCCAUAUACAGUAAACUAACACAGUAAUUGCCUUACAUGACUUGAAAGAUAUGGACUGGAUAUUCUAUCAGUAGCAGUAUUGUUACUUCUUUCCAGGAUGCAAGGUCUAUUAUCCCAACAGAAGAAAAAUAUUUUUGUAUUUAAAGUUUAUGCUGCACUGUGCUGCAAAUGUUGUGGCACUUUUUUUUAAGAAACGGAAGAUGUUUACUUUUACAGGGACCUCAACACUGCCCCUUUCAGACUGGAUCUUACUAUAAAACUCUUCACGUCAAAGUUGUUUUAGGCUGAACACAGAUUAAAUUAUGUUUGUAAAUGAACAUUUAAACACUGACCUGUGCUUAUGUUUCAGGAAAGAAUGGGGGAUUUAUUUUGUUUUAUUUCUUAGUAGUGAACUCUCAAGGACUUGUUUCACUUUCCAAAGCUACUUGUUUACAUUGUACACUGCGACCACCUUGCCGCUUUUCAUCACAAGCUUGAAUAUUUAAAUUCUGUACCUACAGUUGUAAAAUAGCCAGGAUUUCUCCUGUUUGUGAUCAAUUAUAAUGCCUUUUUAUGAAACAAACAAACAACAACAAAAAAAACCUACAACAAAAAGAAAUUUAAAAAAAAAAAAAAAAAAAAGAAAAACGCAACAAAACAAACAAAUGGCUGUAAAUUAUUGUAAAAUAAUUAAAUGAGCUUUUUUUCCCCUCUCAGGCUUUUUUUGGCUGUUGCUUCUCCCACCAACUCAGGCCUUCUUUUCACAAAGUCAGUAUACUUACAUGUUUUAAUAAGAUAUCUUGAUGAAGUCAGAAUGUAAAAGAGGGGAAAGGGGAUAAAGGGGAUAUUCCAUUUAGUGCUCCUUUUUUAUUGAAUACUUUAGAUACCUGUUUUUGGUUGUUUUAUUUUAUUUUUUUUCUAUUAAACUGUCAGUGUUGUGAUUGUUGUAAUGAAACAGUGAGAAAUAUCCAGCUCUAAACUAUGCUCUGGAAAGCUUUUCAGGUGCAUUGGUUUAAAGAAGAAAGUGUUCUAUACCUGAACACUCCAAAACCCAGAUCAGCCAAGAUUUAUUGUGAAUCCAUUUGUUUUCCCUCUUUAACAUGGGCAAUAAUAUCAAAUGUGCUAUGCAGCCAGUUAAUAUUUUAGAAGAUUUGAAUGACUUUAUUAACAGAAUUGUUACAAUGCACACUGAUUGUACAUAGAUAACUUCUAUCUGACAAAUUAAAUUUAACUAAAAGGA